AUGCAAAAAUGUGGUGGCGUACCUUUGGCUAUAAUCACAAUACCAAGUUUGCUUGUUGGUAAACCAGUGGAGGUUUGGUCUAAGGUAUACAACUCAAUUGGUUUUGGGCAUGAAGAUAAUGAAGAUGUCGAUAACACGAGAAAGAUAGUUUUAUUUAGCUACUAUGCUCUACCUUGUCAUCUGAGGACAUGUUUAUUAUAUAUGAGCCAAUAUCGAGAAGAUGCAUAUAUUCUAAAAGAUAGUUUGAUAUCGAGGUGGGUUGGUGAAGGUUUUGUCCAAGAAGAACAAGGGGUGGGAUUGUUUGAGAUCGCUGAGAGAUAUUUCAAUGAGCUGGUUAACAAAAGCAUGUUGCAACCAGCAGAGAUUCUGCGCCAUGGCAUUAUAAGUCAUUGUUCUAUCCAUGAUAUGGUCCUUGAUAUGAUACGUCUAUUGGCUAAGGAAGAAAACUUUCUCACUAUAGUGGAUAGUCACGAGCAGCAAGCAUAUCCAGUAUACCGCAAUGUUCGUAGGCUGGCCGUUGGAAACAAAAACCGUCUGGUUGAUACACCUAUGCCACAAGUAAGGACAUUUAAUUCCAUGUGCUUCCAUGAAUGUCACCCAUCGCUUUCGUGCUUUAAAUUUUUGCGUGUCCUAGCUCUAGCAGGUGGCAAUUAUUCCUAUAUAGACAUCACAAAUCAACUUGAACAUCUUGGGAAGUUAGUCCACUUGAGGUAUCUUGCACUAGCGCAGAUGAAUAUCCAUGAGCUCCCAAAGGAAAUAGGGGACCUAAAGUUCUUACACACACUAGACUUCCUUGAGGUUAGACUACAAGAACUCCCACAGAGUGUUGGUCAGCUAAGUCGCCUGAAGUGUCUGUGGCUUGAAGCCACGAACACAAGAGUCCCAGACUGGAUCGGGAACCUGACAUCUCUGGAAAUGCUAUGCGUGUGUGUGCGCCACGCGUCCGUGUUCUGCACUUGUCGUACAGACAACCAGGGCUGCUAG